UUUGAGAUAAAAUGCGUUUUCUCAAUUUAAUUUUUAUUGUGUGUUUUACUCUUACCCCAAUAAUUUGGGCAAAAGCGCCAGGUCCACGAAUUAUAAAUGGCAAAACGGCCGAAAAAGGUCAAUUUCCGUGGCAAGUGGCGAUUCAUGUCACCCAACCUGGAGUUUCAACUUUGUGUGGAGGGGCUCUCUUGAACGAAAAAUGGAUUCUAACGGCCGGUCAUUGCGUCAAAGACGCCACUAAUUUUAAAAUUGCUGUGGGCUCAAACCACUUCAAUGGAGAUGAUCCCUCACGGGUUGUAUUCCAGACAAGUGAUUACAUUUUGCACGAAGAUUACAACAAGUAUACUCUAGCUAACGAUAUUGGACUUAUACCAUUACCACAAGCUGUAUCAUUCAACGACGACAUUCAACCAAUUGCCCUGCCAUCACAGGGACUAACUGAUGGUAGUACGGUCACCGUCAGUGGCUGGGGCCUAACCAGUGAUGACGGCGAAGAAGCCAGUCCUGAACUAAUGUACGUUGAUUUAGUCACAAUUUCCAACUCGGAAUGUUCCACGGCCUAUGACGGACUUGACAUAAAUAACGGAGUUGUUUGUGCCAAAGGGCCCGGAACUAUCGUCCAGAGCACUUGCGAGGGUGACAGUGGCGGUCCGCUCGUUACACGCGAUUCAAACCCCACUCAUGUUGGUAUUGUUAGUUUUGGACACCCUGACGGUUGUGAGAGUGGCAAACCUGCCGGUUUCACGCGCACUUAUAACUACAUUGAUUGGAUUAAAGGAAAAACUGGUAUUUGAAAACAAUAAACAAGUCGUAUUUUA